AUGAAUUUUGAAAACCAAGAUAACAACCUCCUCCUCCAUCUCAACACAGAAUACUCGCACAUUAAUCAAAAUUAUGAUACCUAUAACCGGAAUAUUCUAGAAAAAAACACUUCAAACGAUAUUGUGAUGUCAGACGCAAAAGAUAAUUCCUCCGUUUCAUCAUCCUCAAUAUCUUUAUCAUCGAGUGUACAAAGUUUUCGCACAGAAACACCUUUUAGCUUUGUGAAUAUGUCACAAGUAGCAUCAACUCAAUCAUUAAAUCUCAUUUUUCACGAAGAAAACUCACCCAUUGACCAGCUCUUGUCAAUUUUUAACACAGGAAAUGAUGCAUAUGAAGACGACGAGAAAAUAGUUGAGAAAGUAGAACAUUGGUUAAAGCAAACUCAACAUGAUCCUGAACAUUUAUUUAAUCAAGUUUACGAACAACGAGACAAGCUAAAAUAUUCUUCAUUACUAGCAUUUCUUUAUUAUUGGGGAAUCGGGACGCGAGUUAAUCGUGAAGAGACAUUUUACUGGUAUUUAAAAGCCGCCCAAUCAGGAAAAGAUUUUUUGGCUCAGAAUCAGCCAAGUUUCUUAGCUCCGAUCUCCAAAAAUUUACUUGGCAAUAAUAAUGUACAUGUUGGGCGUAUAUACGUAGUAUUCUUUUCAUGCAUAAAUCGAUACGGAGGUGGACGACGACUUUCACUGCCGUAA